CGCACAUGUAGCUCGCUUGAAAUGGCGGAUGACAAGGCUCAGAAACUAAAGGACCAGGGCAACAAAGCUCUUCAAGAAGGAAAUAUCAGUAAAGCAAUCGAGUUUUAUACUGAGGCAAUCAUAGUAGACCCCACGAACCAUGUCUUUUACAGCAACAGAUCAGCAGCUUAUGCAAAGGAUGGAAAAUACGAACAGGCUUUGGAAGACGCGAAAAAAUGUGUAGAUCUCAAACCUGAAUGGGCAAAGGGCUACUCACGCCUUGGUGCUGCUCUAACCUUCCUUAAAAUGCUCCCAGAAGCAGAAGCUGCAUAUGAAACUGGCCUGAAGAAAGACCCUAACAAUGAACAAUUAAAGAAUGCACUUAGUGACRUCAGACAGCAAAUGAGUGUACUGACAAAUCCAUUUGCAAAUCCUAGAAUGUACGGCCUUCUCCAUGCAAACCCCAUUACUAAGGAGUACCUAAAUGAUCCUACCUAUGUAGACAUGAUUGAAAAGUUAAGGAAAGAUCCAAAUCCAUUACAGAGCCAAUCCAUAAAAGAUCCAAGAAUAAUGCAGACUAUUGGGGUUUUGUUGGGUGUUGAUCUUAAAGUAGCYGAUCAAGACUAUGAACCUCCACAAAAGCAAGAGAAGACAUCUGAGGAGAAAACAUCUGAACAAAAAACYAAUGGAGAAGAAAAAAUGGAUGUGGAUUCCUCUUUGAGUGACUCUCAAAAGCAGGCACUGGCUGAGAAGGAGCUUGGAAAUGCAGAGUAUAAAAAGAAAAAUUUCACCACAGCUCAUGAACAUUACAACAAAGCAAAAGAAUUAGAUCCCACGAACAUGACAUAUUUCUCCAAUAAUGCAGCGGUUUAUUUUGAAGAAGGAAAGUACGAUGAAUGCCUUAAAGAAUGUGAAGAAGCAAUAGAAGUUGGUCGAUCAAAUAAAGCAGAAUUUAAACUUAUUGCCAAGGUGUUUUUUCGAAUGGGUAAUGURCAUUAUAAACAACAAAAUUACAAAGAUGCUAUAAAAUAUUAUCAAAAAUCGCUUACGGAGUAUCGGCUUCCUGAUGUGGCAAAAAAAUGYCAACAGGCAGAAAAAUUAUUAAAAGAAAAAGAGAGACUGGAUUACYUGGAUCCUGAAAAGGCAGCAGAAGAGAAAGAAAAAGGAAAUGCUCUUUUCAAAAAAGGUGAUUUCCCAAAUGCAUUGAAAGCUUACUCAGAAGCCAUUAAAAGAAAUCCUGAAGAUGCAAAACUGUACAGCAAUAGAGCAGCAACAUAUCAAAAACUUGCUGCAUUUGAUUUGGCUCUCAAGGAUUGCGAGACCUGCAUUGAAAAGGAUCCUACUUUCAUCAAAGGAUACACCAGGAAAGGAGGUGUGCUGUUUGCAUUGAAGAAAUACUCUGAUGCACAACUAGCUUAUGAAAAAGCCUUGGAAAUUGACCCKAACAAUAAGGAAGCAAAAGAAGGAUUACAUGCUAUAAUGUCUUCAGCAAGACCCCCAACAGACCCUGAUGAGAUCAAGAGACGUGCCAUGGCUGAUCCUGAAGUACAGGCCAUCCUAUCAGAUCCUGGGAUGAAGAUUAUUUUAGAGCAAAUGCAAGAAGACCCCAAGGCAGCACAAGAUCAUCUUAAAAACCCAGACAUACAAAGGAAGAUCCAGAAACUAAUGGAAGUUGGCAUACUCCAAAUACGUUAAAUUUUAGAUUUAUAGUGCUCUCAAGAUUAGUUAAGUGAUUCUGCUGUGAUGAAAAUGUUUGAGCUAGAGAAGUAAAACCUAUGUUUACAAGAGA